AUGGUGCAGAAGUCUCUGAACGACGACGUCUACCCAACUCAAGCCGAGGAGAGGAAGCACCGGGUCGGCUUCGUCGGACUGGACCCUGGCGCCCCCGAGUCCGGCAGGGAUGGAGCGCUACUCAUUGCGGGCUCGGACAGCACCAAGCGGAACAGCAUCCUCUGCAGACCGAGGUCCAGCAUCUCCGCCGGGAGACCCAGACCGUCGAAGAAAAACGCCAGCUAUCGGAAACUGCAGCAGUUCCUGUACAAUGCGCUGGAGAGACCGCGGGGAUGGGCGUUCAUCUACCACGCUUAUGUAUUCCUCCUGGUCUUCUCAUGUCUCAUACUUUCGGUCUUCGCCACCAUCAGAGAGUUCAAAAAUAGCUCAGAGAGUGCCUUGUAUAUCCUGGAAAUUGUGACCAUCGUUGUGUUUGGGGUGGAGUACAUUGUGAGGAUAUGGGCCGCUGGCUGCUGCUGUCGGUACAGAGGAUGGAGAGGGAGGCUAAAAUUCGCCAGAAAGCCUUUCUGUAUCAUUGACAUCAUGGUGCUGAUCGCCUCAGUGUCCGUACUGGCAGCUGGAUCUCAGGGCAAUGUUUUUGCUACCUCGGCCAUCAGGAGUCUGAGAUUCCUGCAGAUCCUGCGCAUGCUGCGCAUGGAUCGCCGCGGAGGCACCUGGAAGCUGCUCGGAUCUGUAGUGUACGCCCACAGCAAGGAGCUCAUCACGGCGUGGUACAUAGGCUUCCUGUGUCUCAUCCUGGCUUCAUUCCUGGUCUACUCUGUGGAAAAGGAGUCAAAUGAGGAGUUUGAGACCUAUGCUGAUGCUCUUUGGUGGGGACUGAUCACUCUUACCACCAUUGGUUAUGGUGAUAAGGUUCCCAAGACAUGGAAUGGACGCUUGCUGGCAGCCACGUUCAGCAUGAUCGGGGUGGCCUUCUUCGCUCUUCCUGCUGGCAUCCUGGGUUCUGGCUUUGCCCUCAAAGUCCAAGAGCAACACAGGCAGAAACAUUUUGAAAAGAGACGCAGCCCUGCAGCGGGCCUCAUCCAGGCUAUGUGGAGGUUUUAUGCCACCAACCUUUCCCGCACAGAUCUGCUGUACACUUGGGAUUUCUACGAGCAGACUGUAGUUGUCCCAAUGUACAGACUUAUUCCACCUCUGAAUCAACUGGACCUGCUGAGGAAUCUGAAGGCCAAGUCAUUCAGGAAGGAGUCUCAAAUGGAAACCUCUCCCAGUAGUGAGCAUGCACACAAAGACAGACUUUGCGGGUGCUGCCCGAGAACUAUUAGCCGGAAAGCAAGCCUGAAGGACAAGGUGUUCGCCAGUCCCACCAAGGCUCCCAUGGCCAAGGAGAAAGCCCAUUCCCCGGGUCCGGAGGACAGGGCCGAAGCGAGUCCCGGCAAAGACGGCAAAAGCUGGAGCUUCACCGAGAAGAACCGAGGGCCAAAGCACUCCUUUAGGGCCAGGGGCAGCGCCUCGCGACAAAACUCUGAGGGUGAGAGAGCUUCACACACAAUUGAAGGUUUAAUAAAGGCGAGCCUCCCAGGAGAGGAAAUUGGCGACGAUAAGAGCUGCGACUGUGAGUUCCUCACUCAAGAAUUACCAGCAGGCCUCAGGGUGACAAUAAGGGCAAUCUGCAUCAUGAAGUUUCUGGUGUCAAGGCGGAGGUUCAAAGAAAGCUUGCGGCCUUAUGACGUCAUGGAUGUGAUCGAGCAGUACUCGGCAGGUCACCUGGACAUGCUGUCACGCAUCAAGAACCUGCAGUCCAGAGUUGACCAGAUUGUUGGUAAAGGUCCUAAACCUGAGGAAGAAGCGUCCGAUGACCUGAGCAUGAUGGGACAUCUGAUCAAAGUGGAAAAGCAGGUGACCGGCAUGGACAGGAAACUGGAUUUCUUGGUCAACGUGUAUGUGCAGCGCAUCCCUCGUUCGGAAACCGAGGCCUUUUUCCACUCCAAGGAGCCGUAUCCGGGCCCGCUUUACCACAGCCCGGAGGAGUGUAAGCUGGAGAAGGAGGAGGAGGAGGAGGAGGUGGUGAAGGAGGAGAAGGAGGAGAAGGAGUUGGAGACGUGCUCGGCAGCAGCUGCUCCAUACUCGGAUGGGUCUCUGGAAAAGAAGGAUCCUUUGCUGGGUCGGCACGUAUCGGCCAUAUCGGUGGGCACCUCGAGCCACGGCAGCCUCAGCCGCCCCUCUACCUCCUGGCAGCACCAGCUGCAGCACCCCCUCAGCCAGCCCGCCUGGAACAGCAGCGUGGCCGACACCCCCUCGCCGGUCGGUGGCUGCGGCGAUCACUCGACCUCCCUGUUCCGCCUCCCGCCCCCACCUGCUCCGGUCCACGACUGCUCCUCCACCGGCCCCGGCGUCGGCGGCAGAGAGAGCGGCUCCCGGAGCAGGAGGCGCCACAGGAGACGUCAGCAAGACACCGCCGCCGUGGAGAGCGACACGUCCAUGUCCAUCCCGUCCGUCGAUCACGAGGAUCUGGAGCGCUCCUUCAGCGGCUUCAUUGUCUCCCAGGCCAAGGAGGACUUCUUUGGGCCCUCUUUCUUCGCGGGCUCUGGAGCCGUGACUGAGGUCGCAGCCGGACCUUCACUCUGUGCCAGGGUCAGACCCUUCAUAGCAGAGGGGGAAUCGGACACAGACUCUGAACCCAAUGCUCCCUCACCUCUUUCCUUCACCGGGGAGGUGUCAUGUGCAGAACGGGCGUGGCCAAGACUAAAGUAGGCCAUCGGGGGUCCUAUCAGGAGCCAACUGACGGUCUGUUGCUGCUGCUGCUGCUAUUAACGGCCAUUUUAGGUGGAGCAAAUGGGUACGAUUAGCAGUUUAUUACAGAGGAUGGUAAAAAAUAUGUACAAAAGAGUAAUCCUUUAUAACCAUUUAGUUUUAUUUGUGAUCCAACCCUUUACAGGCAAUGCUUCGUUACAGUUGCAUUGGGUUCCAUCGAGAUCUUGGUUAAUAGAAAGAUAGCUGUUUAGGGACAUUUCUUUCACACUUCGCACAUAUACUAUUUGUUUAUUAGGGGGGAAAUCUGUGCGAGAGUCCAGAUGUGUGAGUGAUUCAUGACACUUUUUCAUUUUGCACUAAACAUAAGCGUGACACAGAUUUGAAUGAAUCAUAAGCGAAAAUGACCUCCUUUUAUGAAUCGUGAGAGCAUUUCACCACUAACUGUUCCGCUGACCGCUUCAACUUUGAAAACAAAGUGGGAGUCAGUGAUGCAAGAACAUCUCACCGCACCGUUAGCAUAGUGUCUUGAUAUAACUUCUAUACCUUUGAAUGACUUGAGGUGUUUCCAAAACAUUAGCUAUGAUAAUCAAUUAGAUUAGACAGAAGAAAUGUGCUUGCUUUUCAGCAUCGUUAAUUCAGUCUGGUUUUCACAAAGUACUGCAGAACACCUCCCCUCAAAGUAUUGCAGAUACUUCCCCGUCAGUAAACCAGUGCAUGGCAUGUUAAAUGGUUGAUUUAAUGGGCCGCGUUAUAAGCUGGCUACACAACCAGUCAACAGACAAAUUCCACGAGUGUUUCUCUUCUAUACAAACAGAGAUUUACGUGCAUGCCCAGUUUCAAGCUAAAAUACGUUCACUUUUCUUUUUAUGGAGCUUCAAUUGAGUUGUCAUGUAAAUGCUGCCCAAGCUUGCUAGUUAAAAAAAAUUCAGGGCAAAUAUGUCCACCGAAGGCAGAUGUUUAAUGCCACAUAUGGAAGUAAAAAUGGACAUUAACUCCUAUAUUUUGUAUUGUUAUCACACAACAUGCAGUUGGCCUGAGUAAAUCAUAUGGGACAGUUACUCAGACGUGAAGGUAUUGAGCCUCCGCUGCGUAGGUCAGUCUUUUAGAGUCUCCGCUGCUGUGUCAGUCCUUCACUAAAUGAGGAAAACGCAAUAAAAAGCAAGCAGAGCAAUCGAGAACCAACAUCAGAAUUGCCUUAUUUUUCACACCUAAGUUAAUAAAUCAACAUUGUGAACAUUUCAUGAAAGUAUUGAUUUGUUAAGUGCUGUUACAGUUUUAGCCACUGAUAGUGCUAAAAGCAUGGGAUUGUGACAUCUGAGGCAUGAAUAGUUCUUGUUACCUUACAACUACCCUGAGUAAUACCUAAUUGGACAUUCUUUAACACUUCGAUAAAAAACUACUUUUAGAAGAGAUUGUUUUUAAACAAGAUACACAAUCCAUUUAUUUGUUAUUUAAAAAAAAAAAAAGAAGAAACGAUCCUGCUCGCAUGUUUUCUCCUACCCAAAGAAAGGACCUGUAGGGUA